CACUAACGCCGUCCCUCUUUUUGCCCUCGCAGAUGUACGACUUUGACGGCGACUUUGAGACGGACUACACGGGCGCGACGGACGUUCGCCUGUCGGGCCUCAUCGACAAGUACAACGGCUUCCCGUACCUGCCGCACUGGCGCCGCGAGGAGGGCGACGGCCCCACCACCUGCAGCAACGUCCAGCUGGCGUCCGACGCCACCAAGUUCCCCUCGUACAUCCAGCCCAACCAGACCCUGUCUUUCUUCAGGAAGUCCAUGUGCCGCUCCAUGCCGAUGGUGCGUGUGGGCGAAGGCACCAACUCCGGCAUGGACGGUUACCUGUACCACUUCGUUGAAGACGCACUAGACAACGGCAAGGUGAACAAGGACAACAAAUGUUUCUGCAGGAACGGUAAAUGCCUUCCCGACGGCCUGAUCGACGUCACCGACUGCUACUACGGCUUCCCCAUCGCCGUGGGCUACCCGCACAUGUACCGGGCCGACCCCGCUGUCCGCGACGCCGUCGAGGGAUUCAACCCAGACCCCUCAAUCCACAGGACCGAAUUCUUAAUCGAACCG